AUGUUGCUGGUGCCUUUCGAAGUCCGUAUCGUGGUCCUGGGAAAGAGGUUGGAUGCCCUGGAAGGCAGGCUACUGGAACAUUACACAGAGGUGGCGCACUCGACAUCAGUCAAGUUCCUGGACAGCAAGGAAGUGUACCUGGAGUUCAGCGGAAACCUGGUGCCUGUCACCAAGUCUGGUUCCCAACCCAUGUUCAAGUUCGAGGCAUUCAAAGACAACCGCGUGGAGUUCCCGGUGCGUGUGAAGCAUCACGAGGAGAGCCCCUCCGGUCGUAUCUACUUCAUGAACGAACCCAAGGUGCCAAAGGGCGAACAGUCUCAGACACCAGCAUGCGUUCUAGACGUGGAGCUGCCCGAGAGGAUCGCGCCACGCGCUGGCAAAAGCCAGGUCGACUGCCUGAACCUCGACCAGUCUGGCUUCGACGCGCUGAAGGACGAGCUGAGCUUUCACAGCUGGGACCACCAUCACCACCACGGACCUAUCGCGCCGCCGCCGCCGCCGCCUCUCAACGGACACUCAGACGACGAGUUGAUUAUUACGAAUGGCGAUGUGAAAUAUCCUACAAAGGACUCCGAAGAUACUGUCAUCAAACCACAACCCAAUGGUGACACCAAUCACGUCGACUCCAACAAAGUCAAGGCGACAUUCGACUCCGAUGAGGACAAAACUCCUAUGAACACCCUCGAGAAAGGAGACAAGGAAAAAGGAAAGAAGAAGGAGGGUUUCCUUGGAGGUCUCGCCGACAAAGUCAAACACGUCUUCAGCCACAGCCAAGACGAGGAUGACAAGGACUCACCCAAACCCAAACACAGAGAGUCCAAGGAAAAGAGCCCACCAAAACAAAAGAAAGAUAAGAACUCCCCCAAACGAGAAGAUAAAGAAAAGAGCCCGCCUAAACAGAAAGAAAAGACUCCUAAACCUGAAGAAAAGGAAAAGACACCACCCAAACCAGCCCCCAGACUCAUUAGCGAAGAUCUACUCGAAAAAGUCGAUGAUGUAUUCAAGGAUCUUAAAACGAAACCGAAGGACAAAGAAGAAGAUCUCAACAGUGAAGUGUACACAACCCGUCUUGUUGUCGAUGAAGACAGACCGGCAAACUUGCAAAAUAUUACUGAAGAGGUGUAUGAACAAUACGCUAAUAUGCAGCCGGUUGAAACGCCUAUGAAAGUUCCCAAGAAAGACCCAUUCGCGUAUCCUACAGUGUGCUGUGACGGCCCGAAAGGACCCAAGCACAGUCACGAAGAAACUUCUACCUUACUCGACCAAAUUGAGCAAGCUAAGUUCGCCGCACAUGAAAAGUUGCACGAUGUUGGCGACAAAGUACAAAGCAAUGUGGAUGAAGGUGUUGCUAAGUUGGGCCAAGAAAAAGAUAAGUUACAACGCCAAGCCUCUGAAUUAAAGGACGAUCUGAUUAUCAAAGAAGAAAACUUCAUAAAGAGUGCUAAAGCUCAUGCCAAUGAUGCCAAACAGACAACUGAAGACGGUCUUAAUAAGCUCGCAGACUCCGCGCAUAAAGCUCACGAUGACAUUAAUGCUAAUGCUGCGGAUGUCCAGUCGAAUAUUGCCAACGAAUUCGACAAUCUCAAAUCCUCAACAAACGAUACUUAUGAGAAUAUCGCUUUUGCUGUAGGAGAUACUAAGCAAAAUUUGAUAAACAAAGCUCAUACAUUGGAUUUCCUUGCGCAAGAACAAGCGGAAGAGCUGAAGAACAGAGGACAUGAGCACAUGUCACAAAUCGGACAAAAGGCGAAAGAAGGCGCCAAUGCCGUCAGCGACACCUUCCACGCUGUACAAGAUAGUGCCAACCACAAAGCCCAGGAACUUAAAGCAGGUGCUAAAGAAACCGCCGAUAAUAUUAAAGAUAAAACGAACGAAAAAUUACACGACCUUGGUGAAUCCAUAGACAGCACUAAAGAAAAAGCCGAGGAGACCGCUGCUGAUCUUAAGGAUAAAGCGAAAAAAGAAAAGGAAAAGGCUAAAAAAGAGGCCAAGAAAGCUAAGAAAGAAGGCAAGAGCUUCAUUACCGGCCUAGUAAGCAACAUCUUCGGUGAGAAAGAAAAGAUUGAAAAGGAAGUGAAAGGAAAAGUUGCUGAAGGCAAAGAUGCCGCUAACAAUUUGUUAGAUGAAGCAGCGGCCAAAAAAGAUGAGAUCAAGGAAGCUGUUGAACACAAACACGAUGAACUAAAAGAUGGUGCUCAUCGCUUAGCUGAUAAUGUAAAUGAAAAAGCUAAGGAAGCUGAAAAGGCCUUACACGAUAAGAAAGAUGAGUUAGAAAAAGCGGCACAUGACAAAAAGGAAGAAGCUAAACAUGCGGCCCAAGAAGUCGGUGAUGCUAUUCACAGUAAAACUCAGGAGGUUAGUCAAGCUAUCCACGACAAAAAAGAAGAGGUCGGUAAAACUGUAACUGACAAAAAGGAUGAAAUUACUAAUGCUGUUCACGAUACUACGGAACAGGUCGGCAAAGCUAUCAGUGAUAAAAAGGAUGAAGUCGGACAGGCUAUCCACGACAAAAAGGAAGCCAUUCAGGACAAGGCACAAGAAGUUGGCAAAGCUAUUCACGAUAAGACGCAGGAGGUUUCUAAUGCAGUUCAAGACAAGGCUAAUGUAGUAAGUACGGCUAUUCACGAUAAAAAGCAAGAGGCAGAACACGCUGCCCAGGAAUUCGGUAAAGCUGUUCACGACAAAACGCAAGAAGUUUCCAAUGCUGUUCACGAUAAGGCGCAAGAAGUUGGCUCGGCUAUUCAUGAUAAGAAGGAACAAGUUUCACAUGCGGCUCACGAAUUCGGCCAGGCUGUUCACGAUAAAGCAGAAGGCGUUUCGAAUGCUGUUCAUGAUAAGGCGCAGGAAGUUGGGUCAGCUAUCCAUGAUAAGAAGGAACAAGUUUCACACGCUGCUCAUGAAUUCGGCCAGGCUGUCAACGACAAGACACAAGACGUUUCGAAUGCUGUACAUGAGAAGGCACACGAAAUUGGCACCGCUAUCCAUGAUAAGAAGGAAGAGGCUUCACACGCGGCUCACGGAUUCGGCCAGGCCAUUCACGACAAGGCACAUGGUGUCAGUUCCGCCAUUCACGACAAAGCCGACGAAGCCAAACACACACUACAAAACAAAGCAGCAGAACUAGGAAACGCAAUCCACGACAAGAAAGCACAAGUACAAAACGUCACAGAAUCAGAAAUGGACAGAAUAAGACAAACCGCCGAACAGACCACCGACCAAAUUAAGAAAUCAGCCGAAGACACGAUCAACGCUGCCGCUGACAAAAAAGCGGAGCUACAAGAGAACCUGUCAAAUAAAUUCGACGACCUACAAAAGAAGGGUCACGAUGAACUACAACACAUCCAAAACGCCGCAAGCGACAAGGCUAGCGAUCUACAGCAGGCGUCUAAAAAUGCGUUCGACCACGUACAAGACUCGGCCUUAAGUACUUUCGAUAAAGUCGAAAGUUCAGCUAAGGACAAAGUGAGCGACGCAAAAGACCAGUGGGAAGAUUUACAGAGUUCCACCAGAGAUACUUAUGCUGAUUUCAGAGAUGACGUCCACGGUUUGGAAAGCUCCGCGCAAGACACGCUACACAGCUUCCAGAGUUCUGCCGGGAACACAUUUGACAGCUUAGAUGAUUCGGCUAAAGAAUUUUUGGGUGGUGUUCAGAGUUCGACGCAAAGUUUCGAGAAUAAUUCUAAGGACCUGUUUGGUGAUAUGAAGGAGUCUUUCGAGGGCUUCCAAGUUUCUGCUGAGAAUCAACUGGAGGAUGUGAAAGGGGGUGUUAAAGAGAGGUUGGAAGAUACUAAGGAUGCGGCGGCGGAGAGGUUGGAAGAUGUUAGUGCGAGGCUGGAGGGGGUGAGAGAGGGGGCGAAGGAGGGGGGACAGGCGGUGGCGGAGGCGGCGGCCAACGAGGCGGAUAAAUUCACGAGCAGUCUAAACGAUUUGGGCAACUCCGUGUUUGGAUCUUCGGGCAAAGGUUUCAUGAAGGAUUCCAGCACAAAAUUAUUAGAAUCGGAGAAAGCACAGUCAUCGCCCUCACCACACAAAAAGGGCUCGGGUUUUUUCUCCAAGCUACGGCGCAGUCCGUGAGGCGACCAAUAGCAACGCUCCGCGGUUAAGACGAAAGGCGAUUGGCGGACGGGAUAAUGUAAACAAGAUGGCGGUUACUUUGUGUUUGUCACAAACACCGAACACAAACACGACAUCCUCAUGCUUGGCAGAAUUGCCCAUUUGUCGAAAACCCCUUAGACUUGUGCAUAAAGUCGACACCGAUGAACACCGUAAACUCCAAACAUCUAUAGACGCGUUCGUGUUUGUUCUUCGCUGUUUGCCAAGCGUGUGGAGGUGCCAUUACAUUUUAAAAAUAUAGGGUAUUCUGCUUUAGUCGUGUUGGCCCUUCCUGUAAGCUUCAUAGAUAUAAGGUGACGUAAAGUAAUUUGUAUUUCACUAACAAUUUCGGAUAAAUUAGUGAUAAUAUUAUGUUUAACCAUUGUUAUUGAUUUAAUAAGAGAAAAUAAAUGAUAAACAAUCGGUGGUACGGUUACUUGUUAGAAUUGUAUCAAUAGUUACAGCUAUCUGUAUAGAUGAUAGUUUUCCAAAUAAUUUUGUAACAUUUUAAACUAACUUUAAAAGUUACAAAAAUGUGUGGGUCGUUGAUGUGUUCAAAAAUGUAACCUGCCAUUGAUUUUUAAAUAAGUUGGAAGUUUUAUAGAGUUGAAUUUUAUAGGGUAGAUAUGGUUUAAGCAGAAUCGAAUACCUUGCCUUAAUUGUCAAUAGCAGGAGGUAAAGGUCACUACACACCAGAUACUUAAGCCAGCGUCUGAUUUCAGUACACUUUGUAAUGUAUGACAUGAAAACCUUAUUGGUUAUUUAAGUGCCAAGUGGUCAAUUACCGGUCACUAGUCAACUAUAGGGACAACCAUCCUAGUUACAAUUUCUUUUCAGUACAGAAGGUGGUUUUUUUUACGCAAUAGUGUGGUUCAUUUCCUGUCAGGUCGAAACUUCGGAGGGCCAUCUGAAACAUACUGAAAAACGUCGUACGAUACACGUGCGAAAAGGAAAUUCGUAACUCGUUUCUAUUAAAAACACUCUUCGGUCGUGUUUUAAUUUAUCGCCACUCGUUUCGAACUUCCUUUUCUCCGCACUUGUAUCUUAAUGUACUAUUCUAUGUGUUCUUGGCUUACAAAAGCUUUAAGCAAAGGCUAAAAAAGAACAGGAAGUCGUGUAGGUACUCGUGUCACUUACGUACGUAUUAGAUGUGUAUGGGCCUUAAAAUACUCUGAAUAGAAUAUUUGCAGUGUCGUGUCUUCAAAAAACACACGUAAGUAAGCAAAUGGUUAAUUUUCCCGCAACUUUUUAUACUUUAAUAAGACUACCAGUUGCCUUUACUCCCUCGACAAUAGCUUAAUUUCCCGCCUAUAAUUAAUUGGUGUCUUCAUGUUUUAUUGUGGAAGCCACUAGGUGGCGUCCACUAGGCUGGCCGAGUCGAGUCUCAUCAAUUCGCCUUCUGCAUUUCUUAUGAAACUGCGUCCAACUCCAUUAGCGACGCGUCGAUCGCAUUCAGAUGUAUGAGGACUCGAUUGAACGCGGCUCGAUUCCGGCUAAGUAGAUGCCAGGCUUUAAGGGCACAAGUGUGUGUGUGUGUUACAAGGAUGUUAUUUGUUCAUAGAGGUGCUUGGACGGUGGCCACAACUAAAGUUAUCUUUAAAUAUAAUGUUACUGUGGGACAAUGCAAGUAUAGAUAGAUAUAUAGAUAGAAUACUCUUUUUUGGCACACCUCAGCAAAAGAUACAGUGGAGACAAAACAAAUGAUUAUAAAUAGAGGCAGACAACAGGCGGUCUUAUCGCUAAAGUGCGAUCUUGACCAGACAACCUUAAGGGUAGGUAAUAAAUUUUUGUAGAUAUUCUUUAUUCAAAGAUGAUCUUUUUAGACACUCCUCAGCGAGUUGACUGGACGGCGUUAUAGAAGUAAUGGUAUAUCUACCUAAGUACCUAUAUGUAAUUAUUACAAAUCGAAAUAAAAAUAUCAUGUUUGUAAAAUUAUUGAGCUACCGUUAGAUAAAAAAAUACUGAAUUUUUUACAAAUGCCUUGUUGUCAGCCAAGAAUUGUAAGUUGUCUUUUAUUUGAAAAGAUCUGGUUAAUUAACUCCAUCUAUGUACACUAA